AUGGCAGACGACCAGCAGAAUGAUAAUCCAGGUGAUGGCGAUUUGCAAGAAGUUCCUGAAAUUGAACUAAUAAUUAAGGUUACAACAGUGGACAUGUUGAAACCACCACCUGACUUUCGCUCCAACUUUGACUCUACUCCUCCACCUAUUUUGAUAGACAGAGGAAACCCUGUGUUAGAAAAUGAUAAAAUAGAACGUUACAUCAUGAAAAGUGUACCUGGUGGCUAUAAUCUGUUUGUUCAGGAUAAGGAGACAGAAACGGUUAUUAUGGAUUUGUACAGUAAAUUCAAGUUGGUGCUUAAUAAGGGAGGAGACCAGCGAAAGCGUGCCCUUCUCAACCAACUAAGAAAUAUUGACACCCACCUGAGCAAGAAUGAAGGGCGCUUCUUGACUGGAGACACCAUGUGUUGUUUUGACUGUGAACUCAUGCCACGACUCCAGCACAUCAGAGUUGCAGGAAAAUACUUUGUAGAUUUUGAGAUCCCAGAGGAUAUGUCUAACUUGUGGCAGUACAUGUACCACAUGUACCAGCUGGAUGCAUUUACCCAAUCCUGUCCAGCAGACCAGGACAUCAUUAACCACUACAAGCUGCAGCAGGGGACCAAGAUGAAGAAACACGAGGAGCUUGAGACUCCCACAUAUACCACAUCCAUCCCACCCACUGUUGACAUCAAUGGACACUAGGAGAAGUGAUUCAGUUGUCAUGGAUGUGAGAAUAAUUUUAAGUUAAGGCUUGUCAUCAGAGCUUCGUAUUGGCUCUUGUUAGAUCUUAUGUUACUUCUUCAUUUGUUUUGCUAUCUGUAAUGGCACACAGAACUUUAAAAAAGUAUCCUUUUCAGUAAGGUUGGCGUAAUAAUCUUCCACCAAAUUAUCAGAUCAAAUGAUUAGCUAUUACAUAAGUAGUAAAUUUUAAAUCUUGUCCUAACUGUAAAAUUUGUAUUUAUAGUUUAAUAAUAAACCUUUAUGAUAAGUUGACUGAAGUCUUGCAAUAAAUCAUAAAAAAUCAAAACAAUUGUGAACCUUUUUAUUAAUUUGUAUUGACUAUUAAUGUUUUUUUUUAUCAUCUUUACUUUGUUCACUUAGGACAUUAGUUACAGUUAAUUUGUUUUUUUCCUGUUUGCUCAUGUUACUUAAUGAAAUUUUCAUUCAUUUUUCUGAUAUGGAAAUGUUGGAAGAACAGUUACUUUAUAUCUUAUCAGCUUUAAAUUUUUGUUUAAGUUAAUUUUGGAAAAUAAAAAAAAAUUGAUAUAAAACUAUUAAAUUAUUUUUUGUGGUCUUUUGAUGAAGUAGAGAAAGAAGACACUGUAUAAUUACAGCUUCGGUGAUUAUCUGUGGUUCAUUUUUUUGUGUGUUGUAAUUAUGUUUGGUUUAAAGUUUGACAGUGAUGUUGUGUUACAAAGGUUUUACUGAAAUUUAAAUACUAUUAAAUCAUAUCAGAAAUCAAUAAAUAAAAUCAAGGUUUUAUAAUUUUGCAUCCAAAGGUAGUCAAAAUAGGAGAGACCUUUUUUUUUUUUCAAUUUGUGUCGGAUUAAAAGGGCUAAAGUUCUGGUAAUUGCAUAUUUUAUAUAUUGUUCAGUAUGUUACUUAAUUGUUUAUUCUUACAUUGAUUUAAAACUUACUCUACAGUGUAUUGGUUUGCUAUUUAUUACUAUAGAAGAAUUUAUCAGCAUUCCCCAUUCUGUUGUUUCUCAGAUCUGGGAACUGACCAUUUACCCAUUCAUUAGGUUAAACCGUAAACUUCUAAAAAAAAAUGUGUGUACAUGAGUAGCAUAGUGAAGCAAAUGACUUUAAAAAGUUUUGGCAUCUUCUCUUGAGUUUUGUCAUAGCAUGACAUGCAUGGUUUAAGUGUAGUUUUUUAAAUAAAAUAUGAAUAUAUAAAUAUAUGUAAAGAGAAUAAAUAUCUCAAGUUUUCAGAUAUUUCAAGAUACUAAUAUUCUCACAUGUAAACAGUUUGUUUUUUCAUAUUUGCAGUGUUGUACCAAUAGAGUAGGCAUGUUGAAGUAUGCUUUGCGAUGUCACAUUUGAAUGAAUUUACGGUAAUUCUUGUUACAUGUGUUCUGUUUAUGAUUCAUAGAAUUUACUAUUAAUGUGAUCUUGGUUAUAAGAUGCACUACAGUUCUCAAAAACCAUCUGAAUAAUCUAAAAACAAGAAUUGAAAUCACUCAGGUAACUGGAUAUCACUGAUAAACAAAAACGUGUGUUGUUUUGAAAUUAUUAUUUUAAAAACUUUCAUAUACUGCAUACAUCAGAAUAAAUGUUUGCAUGCGUUAUCUUUUCUCUCUAUCAGGUCUAUCCAGUGAUCAGAUGUUUAGUUAUUUCAUCAUAAUACCAUGCUGUUUACGUGAUCAGAUUAUGUUGCAGAAAACAAUUUUACCUGCACCAGUUCUUAUGCCUACAAAAUUAUCAAUUUUAUAUGUAAAUAGAUAGCUAGGAACGUGUAUUCAUCCUAGGUAUUUGUUUUCAGUAUAUAGACUUUGUGCUUUUAUUGAUAUUAGUAUAUCCUAAUUAGGGAAAUUAAACUAAGUUAGUGUACAUUACGUCAGAACAUUAGAACUUAAUCACAAAGAAUGUUGAUGAAUGAAAAUAGCUAGUUUGGAGAAGUUUUGUUUUUCUAGUUUAAAGUUUUCUAGUACAGAAAUGUUAUGUAGAAACAGUACCAUGUUAUCACUAUGAGCUUAACAACAAAAGGAAGGUUGUAGUGUGGACAUGCUGUCACACCAUUACAUCAUGAC